AUGUUCAGAGGCCGUUCAGUACCAAGAUGCUCGAAGCCAACCUGCUCUCCGAGGUGGUGCGCCUUGUUCAUAAAUCUCGAAAGAAGAGCUGAUCGCAAAGAGCGACUUCGCUCCUUGCUGGCCGAAGCCAACGCGCCCCUCCUUCGCCGCCUGGAGCGCGUGGAGGCCAUCGACAAGCUGGCCUUGUCUUUAGAUGAUGAGGUUGUCGUGGACGCCGUCGGCCCCUAUGCUUUGGAGCGUGCCAGGCGCGCAGUGGACGAGGAGCAUUACACCAUCGUCCAUGACGAGGAGGGGAACUUAGUUCAUUUCGACGAUCACCUGACGGUGGGCGGCAUCGCUUGCGCUCUGUCCCACCGCCUGGCACUCCAGCGCCGGGACGACGUCAAUGCCGUCGUCCCGAGAGUGGACCUGGCAAUCUCCAAGCUCUUGAAAGAGCUGCCGGAAGAUUGGGACGCCGUUUGCCUCGCCUACCAUGAUCCUCGUGGAAGGGUACAUCCGCUCGCCGUCGACAAGGGCCCUGUCGAUGAGUCCUUUGACGGUGCAGAGGUCGAGCUAAUACAGUCACACGGGCAUGUCUUCGGCCUCGGGGCAUGGAUGGUCCGCAAGGAGGCUGCCCAGGAACUAGUAGAGCACGCUUUCCCCAUCGAAAGCCAGGUGGACUUUACCCUCACAAACUGGUUGGCCCGAAACGGAAGGAGCUUCUGGAAGGUGGAUCCCACCAACUUGCUUUUCUACGCGCCCUCGAGUGAAGAGGAGAUGGACUCCGACGUGCAAACAAUGGUACCUAUCGCGAAGAUAGAAGAGGAGCACGAAUCUCUUCAGGCGUACAUUGACUACAUGAACGGCAGGACGGCUGACCCAUAUGAGGAUUGGGACCUUGACCUGGAUUUGGACUACGGUGCACAGCAGUUCGACGAAGAGGAAUGGAUUCGGCAAUGGCAAGAGGCGAGAUACGAGGACCACCACCUUUACUUCCUACAGAAGUGUGGAGAACGGGCAGAGUACUGUAUGUACGGAGGGGACGACAUGGCAGCCCGCCGGCCCGUGUGCUUCGUGAUGGCCGAGAAACAAGCCGAGGAGCCACUCCUGGCGGAGGCACAGGAGGCGCAGCCGUCGCGAAGACAGCUGCUGGCAGAAAUCUGGCCACUCUGGUUUCCCAUGAUGGUAAGUGACGUCACGAUGCUGCUCAACGAGUUCGUCAACACAGUCUGCUUGGGCCAAGUUGGGGAUUCCCAACAGCUGGCAGCCGUGGGUCUGGGCAACAUGAUACAAAACUGCUGUGCUCUAACCAUUGGCAUGGGCCUAACCAGCGCCCUGGAUACAUUCGUCAGCCAGGCGAACGGUGCGGGAGAGCAUUCGCUGUGCACGCAAUAUCUCCAGCGCAGCCGCCUUGUCACGGCAGUGCAGCUGGUUUGGAUGAUUCCGUUGCUCUGGUUCACUGAUCCCAUCCUCCUGGCGCUGGGCCAGCAUGAAGGCGUCUCGAGAUGUGCGGCUGCUUACAAUCGUGCGGCUGUCUUUGGACUCUUCGGAAACUUCCAGUACCAGGUCAUCGUGUCAUAUUUACAGAACAUGGAGAUGCCACUGCCUCCGUGGGUAUCCACAGCAACGAGCCUCCUGCAUGUGGCGUGGGCCAUACUCUUCGUGGUGGUGUUCCAGUGGGGCAACAUGGGUGCAGGAGCGGCUAAUGCCCUGACUUGGACCCUUCAGUGGCUCAUCGGGUCUGCGUUUUUGCUUAGCCGGGCAUCCGAGCUCCAUGCCACGCCACGACAACUGCUGCUUGUCCAGAAGGAUGCUUUCCGCCAAUGGUCAAGCUACAUGGAAGUAGCCCUCCCCGCAACAGUCCAGGUUUGCAGUGAGCUCUGGUUUUGGGAGAUCUGUGCGCUCGUCAUGGGAUAUUUGGGCCCCACGGCCCUGGCCGCGCAUGUGGCUGCCAUGAACUUGGUGACGGUACUGGCGAUGCCCACCAUGUCUUUGGGAAUGGCCGCGGCCACCGUGGUCGGAACUGCUCUUGGAGCUCAGCUCACCAAGAAGGCGAGGGAUGCCUCCUGGUUUUGUGUGUCUAUUUGCGUCGUGGUGUGGAGCGCCUUAGCCUUGCUCCUGCUUGCUCUGCGGAGCAUCAUCCCGCGGCUGCUGGCCUCCGACUUGGAGGUACAGUCCUUAGUUCAGAAGCUGCUGAUGAUCUACGUUCUGGCGGGAUACGCCGACAGCGCUCAGAACGUGAUGGGCUCCACUCUCCGGGGCGCGGGAAGGCAAACCACGGCCGUAGUCAUCUACUUGGUUUCUUUCUAUGCGGUGAUGCUUCCGCUGGGCUGCGUGUUGGCAUGGCCCUUCGACUUCGGCGUGCAAGGCAUGUGGUACUCCAUGGUGUUCGGCACCUCUCUGGCUGCGGCGGCCUUCUUCAUGAUUCUCCAUCAGCUUGACUGGGAGCAGUGCGCCUGCGAGUCAGACGAGCGGCGCCAAGCCGACGGAUUGGUGGAUGGCACGGACCAGUGA